AUGGAUUGCCUUGACAGAUCCCCCAGGCAGUUAAGGAACUUCAAGAAGGACGACUUUGAAACUGACUGGAUUAAGGUAGCAGAAUGCAGAUCUGGUCAAAUGUACCAGGUCAAGCUCAAGCUCGAGCGGGAAAAAUGUGCCUUGAAGAGCUUUGACACAACCUUGUGUGCAAACAACUUUUACAGGAGAAUAAUAGACGAGGCAUCCAACAUAGCCAAAGUGAAAUCCAGGCAUAUUGUCUCCGUCUACGGACUGUGCAGUGAAGCGACUGCUGUGGUGAUGGAGCACAUGAGUAAUGGGUCGCUGAACAAUCUGUUAGCAAGUCACACUUUGAUGUGGCCAAAGAAGUUCCAGAUGAUUCACGAGACCUCUAUGGGAAUGCAUUUCCUUCACAGCAUGAAACCUCCACUACUACAUCUUAACCUCAAGUCAUCUAACAUCCUGCUAGACGAUCAUCUCCACGUCAAGAUAUCAGAUUUUGCUUUAAUCCACUGGACAGAGGGCAUGAGCAAGAAGUUGUUCAUGGAGAACCUGACAGUAAGAGGGAACAUAAGUUACAUUCCUCCCGAAACCUUCACUCAGUGCCCCGAUCCUCCAGGAACUACCUUUGAUGUUUACAGCUUUGGAAUAGUGAUGUGGGAGAUUCUAACACAGCACAAACCGUAUGCAGGGUGCAGUAUGACCACAGUGCUCUUACAGGUGUCACAUGGUAAGAGACCCAGUGUGGAGAUGAUACCCAAACCAAAGCCCCGUAAGUGUGAUCAGAUGAUCAGCAUCAUGACGCAUUGCUGGGACCAGGAUUGCCAGAAGAGGCCACAGUUCUCAGACACUGUGAGGAAAACAGAAGCUCUGAGUGAAGUCCUGACGAUCCCAGAAAAAAUCCAACGUCACGCAAAUGAUGACAAGGGACAGAAAUCAGAUUAUCCAUGGCUCGUUUCCCCGAUACAUAAAAUUGAUUUGCCUGAGAUGCCUGACCUUCCCUCAGAUGACCAUGGUGGCAAAAACAGCAUUCUCUCGUUGCUCUCCAAAAAGGACUUUGGCCGUUUCAGACAGUCUGUGAAGAGAGAAGAUGUGAAAAGACAGUUUUCUGGGGAAAAGAGCCUCCUCCACUACACAGUAGCCAGUGGAGAUGCAGAGAGUGUCGAGCAUGUCCUGAGUCUGGGUGCGGAAGUGAACUGUUCGACUGACAAAGGAUACACUCCUCUUAUAAUUGCUGUUCUGCAGAGACUUCACGACGUCAUCUAUUUGUUGCUGGAACAUGGUGCAGCUGCCACCCAAGGAGAUGAGGACCAGUGGACAGCGCUCCAUUUUGCUGCUCAGAACGGCGAUGACAGGACUGUCCGUCUUCUCUUGGACAAAGGAGCUGUGGCGGAUGCCCGGGAAAAAGUCGGUUGGAUGCCGUUGCACCUGGCCUGCCAGAAUGGCCAUGAAACAGUGGUGCGCCUGCUGCUUUCGCGGCUGCCAGAGGAAGCAGUCGGAGAACAGGAAGCUCAAGGGAGGACGCCGCUCCACCUAGCCUCCGCCUAUGGGCAUUUGAAUAUUGUCAAGCUCCUCCUCUCUCAUGGAGCAGAUCCCAACGCUACCGACCACUCUCUCUCCACUGCUCUACACCUAUCAGCUGAGGAAGGCCAUAAUAGAGUAGUCAGACAGUUAUUGAAGAGUGGGGUAAAGAUUGAAAGUGCGGACAGCAGAGGAUACACUCCACUUCACCUGGCUGCUCUGAUGGGUCAUACAGGCAUAUGCAGGCAGCUGUUGUUAAACGGGACCAGUCCAGACUCUAGGUCACUUCAAGGCUGGACUCCCAUGCACCUGGCUGCCCUAAGGGGACAUGAAGCCACGGCGGUUCAGCUGGAGAGUCAGGGUGGUUGUGUAAACGCUAGUGGUGAGAAUGGAUGGACCCCACUCCACCUCGCCUGCCACCAGGGUGAGCCAGAGGUGGUGGCAAAACUCCUGGCAGCCAAAGCUGACCCAAAUGUGUCGGAGGACAGUGAAGGAUGGACGCCACUACAUGUAGCUUGUUCCAGUGCCAGUUUCCAAAGUGUCCUCCACUUGCUAUCACAUCAUGCAGAUGUUAAUGCAUUAAACUUGGGAAAGUCGACACCUUUACACCUGGCUGCACAGCACGACUGUAUGCCUGUUGUAAAAGCUUUGCUGCUAAAUGGGGCAGAGAGGACUGUGCUGGACUCUUCUGGAUCCACAGCUCUGAAUGUGGCUCAGAGGUGUGAAAAAUGGGAAAUAGUAAAACUACUGAAGAAGUAG